AUGAUACUUGAUGCAAAUUCAAAACAUAUGAUAGAUAUUAUUAUCAAGCAAACUCCUCGAGAUAAACUAACUAUUCAGCAUGUAAUAGAUCAAGUACAUGAAGUAUUUGCAGCAGAUUUGGCAACAAUAGAUGAUAAUAUAGAAAAACAUAUCGUGAAACGAAUUGGAGAAAUAACUAAAACUACAAUAAAAACAGUAUCAUUAGAAGAGUUAGAGCAAAAGAAUCGACUUCUGAUAGAAAAAUUACUAAAGAAAGUUAAAAAGCAGGCGAAAGCUAAAAAUCCAUCCAAAAAAGUAUCUAAGGAAACCCCUAAAGCAAAAGUUGCAAAUAAUUUAUCAACUAAGUAUGUUGUACUAAGCAAAGAAUUAUCUCAUUUGUUAGGGGAAAAUGAACUACCUCGUCUCGAAAUUACAAAGGAAUUAUGGAAAUAUAUUAAAAAUAAUAAUCUGCAAGAUCCAGCUAAUAAGCAAAGAAUAAUAUCAGACAAAAUGUUGAAGCCAAUAUUUGGUGAUAAUUUUCAUAUGCUAGAUAUCGGUAAAGUAUUGAACAAUCAUAUAAUAUCAGAUACUAAUAAUAAUCAUUUGAACAAUAGUAUAUCUCAUACUGAGAAAGAUACUGGUAGUGAUGCAAAGAGCGGCACUCUCUCUAAUAAUUCUGUCGAUUUAGCAACUCGUACGGAUAUCGAACCUAAUUCAAAUAUUUCAUCUAGUUCAGAUAUUGUAUCUUAUGCAGAUAUUGCAUCUAGCUUAGAUUCAGAAUCUAAUUUAACUUCUGAUAUAGAUUCUGAAGCUUCGACUGAUAUUUCAGCAGAGGAGACCAGUUAA